AUGGUUAGAGUUGAAGAAGACACCGGUAGCACAACAUUUUCCGGCCAACGGCAUAGUCUAGGGGACAACACCCCCUUGGCCGAAUUCCAAUGCAGGCAAGAAAAAAAGAAGACAGGAAAAAGCUAUGGCGGAGAACCUGAAAAAGAACCAGCAAAAGAACACUUGGUCCUUGGCGCUUCCCAACCUGAUCCGAAGAAACAAGGCAAAACCAAUCUUCCACUCGAGAAAGAGGAUAUACCUUCUCCUCGAAAUACCCCUGCUGCCGAAAAGCGUUUGGAGGAUCAGAAGCUAGCCAAGAUCGAGGCUGAACUCAAGAAGCUAGGAGAUGAUAGCGAUCAGCAACAGAGGAUGCGGAGAUAUGUCCUCGAAGAAACCAGGCAGCUACAAAUUUUCGGCCAAUGUGAACACAAAAAUCCAAAACCGAAUAGGACUCAAAUCAUAACACAAUUUGGACUCAAUGACCUUAAUUUUAGGGCUAAAAUUUUUGGCCAUGUGAACACUCUAAUACUAGACCGAAUAGGUCUCCAAGUGUAA